AAACCUUAAACACACAGUCUUCUCUUAAACAAACAUCAUUUAAUGUGUAUUUCAGAACUGGCUCAGCCUCUCGAACUAGAAGAAAUAAACAAAAGGGUAGUCACAACCCUAUACGAGGCCUUGAACUCUCGUGAUGUUGAUACGGUGCAUCGCUCGCUAAAUCCUGAUCUUGAGUGGUGGUUCCACGGCCCUCCAAUCCACCAGCAUUUGAUGCGCAUACUCACUGGAUCAUCAUCAGACGACAGCUCUUUCACUUUCAUUCCUCACUCUAUAGUUGCCUUUGGAUCAACGGUCAUUGUCGAGGGUGAUGACAAACAAUUAUCAGUUUCUUGGGUGCAUGCGUGGACUGUGACUGAUGGGAUAAUUUCUCAGGUAAGAGAAUAUUUCAAUACCUCUGUAACAGUCACUUGUUUUGGCGACACGGACGGAUUUUCUUCUCCGGAUUUGAGCAUUAGUACUUGCCAAAGUGUUUGGCAAAGCAAGCUUUGUGAUAAUAAAUCUGUGCCUGGUCUUUUGUUGGCACUUUAGCUAAUGUUAAUGAAGCUAAAAUCUGAAAGAGUGAUAUCUUAAGAUCCUGGAUCAGUUUAUAUUUUAGGGUUUUUUUAAAUAAGAAAUAUACUCGGGAUAUGUAUUGUAUAAAUAUUCUAGCAUAUGCUUAA